AUGACUUGGAUACUUUCCACCGUAUGGGAGGUCCUUGCACUGUGUCUCGCGGUCUGGAUUACUGUAAAGCAAUUCCGUGAACUGCGACGACACUCAACAGGAGUUACUUUGCGAGGUUUUUCGCGUAUCGGUUUCUUCUCUUCAACACUCUUAGCGAUUUAUUUUGGUCUCGCUGAGAUAUUCCAGGUCGUGCAGAUGUUUGUGCUAGGAUCAUCCCUCAUCCUCGGUGUUCGAGAAUAUCACGCUGAGCUCGUGGCUAACUCUGAUACAGCAACCGCUAUGACUUCAAUUGCUUUUCAGGAGCGCGUCCAUAUAUCAACUAGCAAUAGGAGCGGGAAAAUGCACAUUUACUUUGAGGUUGUUCAUUCAAAGCAGCUUGCCACUUCAGGAACGAGUACAACGGACAUGGAUGAGGGCGAUGGAGAAACCGAAGCCCGAAUUUUCAAUCUGAAGGAACGAGAAGACAAUUCUCACCGCAUAUUAGCCUUCAGUGCUGCAGUUCAAAAUACUAAGUACCGACGACAAAGCAAGUGCAUAUUGCAGCAUUUUAACAAUGCCCGCGUCCAAGCUAAUCGCAUCGGCAGAGACUCGACGGUUAGGCGGCUCACUACGGCCUUGCAAGGGUGUGGGAGUCUCACAGGCGCCUGUUUCCGCAUGCUGCACUUGCAAGAGGCGAGAGGUCAGCGAGAGGUUGUGGGAGUUGCGUGAGGUGCUUGCAGGUCAAACGGUCAUCUGCAGCGGUCUGCAAGCAAGGAAUGCACUGAGUGUGAC